CGCGCAACUGUCCAAAUGUUGCAACUGCGCUGCUCCUGAGAGGACACAUGUUCAGGAUGCACAGCCGGAACAAUGUGGCUUUAUUAACAACAGAGGAUUAAAAUUGUGUUGUUUUUUUGAGCCGAACAUUUAUUGUUAUAUAUAAUUUAAAUAUUCAGCAAAAGAAAAAAGCAAUGUUUCGACAAACGAAGGCGGUUCUCCGGAAACUUCGACAUCUGAGUUUUAAUGGACAGCAGCAUGCAUGGAGGCUCAAGAGCACUUCAGCAAAAGAGAGGGCAAGUCAGUACCAACCAGGACAGAAAAUCAAUGGAUUUACAGUCAAAGAGGUUGUAGUUGUCCCUGACUUGUUUCUCACAGCAGUGAAGUUAAGCCACGAUAAAACUGGAGCUCAGUACCUCCAUGCAGCCAGAGAUGACUCCAAUAACCUCUUCAGUGUCCAGCUCAGAACGACCCCCAUGGACAGCACGGGGGUCCCACACAUCCUGGAGCACACGGUGCUUUGUGGAUCUCAGAAGUAUCCCUGCAGAGACCCUUUCUUCAAGAUGCUCAACAGGUCGCUGUCCACCUUCAUGAACGCUUUCACAGCCAGUGACUACACCAUGUAUCCGUUCUCAACCCAAAAUGGGAAGGACUUCCAGAAUCUUCUGUCUGUCUAUCUGGAUGCAGUUUUCUUCCCUUGUUUACGAGAGCAGGAUUUCUGGCAGGAGGGCUGGAGGUUGGAGAAUGAAAACCCCACAGAUCCCAACUCCCCUCUGGUGUUUAAAGGAGUGGUGUUCAAUGAAAUGAAGGGAGCUUUCUCGGAGAACGAGCGCGUGUACGCCCAGCACCUCCAGAACAAGCUGUUUCCAGACCACACCUACUCCGUGGUGUCGGGAGGGGAGCCUCUAGCCAUCCCCGACCUCACAUGGGAGCAACUCAAACAGUUCCACGCCACACACUACCACCCCAGCAACGCCAGAUUCUUCACUUAUGGAGAUUUGCCGUUGGAGCAGCACCUGGAGCAGAUUGAACAGGAAGCUCUGUCCAAGUUUGAACGCAUCAACCCGAACACCGAGGUCCCGUCCCAGCCGCACUGGAGCAGCCCUAGAGAAGACCAUGUGACCUGCAGCCCUGACGCCAUGGCUCCAGAUCCAGCCAGGCAGGACACGCUGUGUGUGAGCUACCUGCUGGGAGACAUCACGGACACCUUUGAAGGAUUCACCCUCGGCCUGCUCUCGUCUCUGAUGAUCUCUGGACCAAACUCUCCCUUCUACAAGGCUCUCAUCGAACCCAAGAUAGGAACCGACUUCUCUUCUGUCGUAGGAUACGAUGGCAGCACCAAGGAGGCGUCGUUCAGCAUCGGCCUGCAGGGGAUGGCCGAGGAGGACGCGGAGAGAGUGAAACAAAUCAUCAGCCAAACCAUCGAUGACAUCAUAGAAGAAGGCUUUGAGGAGGAAAGAAUCGAGGCUCUCCUCCAUAAGAUUGAGAUCCAGAUGAAACACCAGUCCACAAACUUCGGCCUGUCUCUGGCCUCGUACAUAGCCUCAUCGUGGAACCAUGACGGCGACCCGGUGGAGCUGCUGCAGAUCAGCGACAGCGUUGCCAAGUUUAGACAAGCCCUGGAGGAAAACCCCCGCUUCCUGCAGGACAAAGUCAAACACUACUUUAAGGAGAACACUCACAGACUGACUCUGUCCAUGAGCCCAGACGAGGCCUACCUGGAGAAGCAGGCCAAGGUCGAGGAGGAGAAGCUCCAGAAGAAGAUCGACGCUCUGUCUGACAGUGACAGAAAAGAGAUCUAUGAGAAAGGUCUGGAGCUGCUGGCUGUUCAGAGUAAAACCCAGGAUGCCUCCUGUCUGCCUGCACUCAAAGUGUCCGACAUUGAGCCCACGAUCCCCAUCACUCCUGUUCACAUCGGCACUGCAGACGGAGUACCGGUUCAGUUCUGUGAGCAGCCGACCAAUGGCUUGGUUUACUUCAGAGCCAUGUGCAGCCUCAACACGCUGCCAGAGGACCUCCAGCUUUAUGUCCCGCUCUUCUGCAGCGUUAUUACCAAGAUGGGCUGUGGAGCUCUGGACUACAGGCAGCAGUCCCAGCAGAAGGAGCUGAGGACAGGGGGCAUGUCCGUCUCCACCCAGGUCACACAGGACUCCACCCAGCUGGACAUGUACGAGCAGGGCGUCCUCCUGUCCUCCUCCUGCCUGGAGAGGAACCUCCCUCACAUGUUUCAGCUGUGGAGCGACGUAUUCAACAGCCCCCACUUUGACGACGAGGAGCGCCUCAGAGUGCUGGUGAUGAUGUCAGCGCAGGAGUUGGCCAAUGGGAUCUCCUACUCUGGUCACAUGUACGCCAUGACCCGCUCAGGAAGACACCUGACUCCUGCAGGAUACCUCAACGAGACGUUUGGUGGGAUGGAACAGGUGAAGUUUAUGAAGAGGAUAGCAGAGAUGUCCGACCUCAGCCAAGUCAUCCGAACAUUACCCAGGAUCAAGAAACACCUUCUAAACCCUGACAACAUGAGGUGUGCAAUCAACUCCACUCCACAGAAGGUGUCUGACACAGCGGCACAGUUGGAGAGUUUUAUGAAGGAAGUCGCUGGUAACAGGAAAACACGCAAACCUGUCAGAACGAAUAUUAUUAAGAGGCCCCUAGACCCCCUGGACAACUCCGGACUGAGCAGGAAACUCAUCUCAGAGGUGAAUUUCCAGCCGUGUCAGAUGAAAACGUUCUUCCAGAUGCCCUUCCCUAUAAACUUUGUCAGCGAGAGCAUUCGUACGGUACCGUUCACCCACGAGGACUACGCCAGUUUGUGCAUCUUGGCGAGGAUGAUGACGGCGAAGUUUCUUCAUGGAGAGAUCCGGGAGAAGGGAGGAGCCUACGGGGGCGGGGCCAGGAUGGGAGGAGGUCUUUUCACCUUUUACUCGUACAGGGACCCGAACUCGGUGCAGACCUUGUCUGCGUUCCGUAGAGGUGUGGACUGGGCCAAGUCGGGACAGUUCACCCAGCAGGACAUCGAUGAAGCCAAACUGUCGGUGUUCUCAGCCGUCGACUCACCGGUGGCCCCCGCAAGCAAAGGAAUGGGUCGCUUCCUCAGCGGCGUCACAGACGAGAUGCUGCAGAAUCACAGAGAGAGACUCUUCGCCGUCAGUCACAAGAGCCUGGUAGAAGUGGCCGAAAGAUACCUCGGUGUCGGCCAGAGGACGUGUGGUUUUGCCAUCCUGGGUCCAGAGAACGAGACGAUUAAAAAGGAUCCAUCAUGGCUCGUAAAAUAAUCUGAUCAGCAGCUGUUUUAUAAAUAAAAACUUUACUGGACUCGAUAUGUUAGAGCGACAAGACGUACUAUGUACUGAUUAUUUAAAAAGAAUGGCAAAAAAGAUGAAGCUUGUGUUGUAGUCCUAAUCUGAUUCUUCAGAUUACAAUUUCUCUUUUUAUAUAUUAUGUUGUGUACAUAUUAAUGAAAAUAUCAUAACAUUACAGUAUAUAUUGGAAAAACUAAA